AUGCCAUUUGUUGCUUGGGAGAAUCGGGCAGCCGCCAAAAAGGCGGCCGUGAUGAAAGCGAUUCCGUCCGAAUGGCACGUGCCUCCUGAUCAAAUCCCCCUGGAAGAUGAUAACUCAGCGGCCAUUGAUCUGCCAGCCCAAUACCUAUCGGCGGAUGAAACUGCCAUCACUGAAACUCCCCCAAUGGACAUUUUGGCCCACAUUCACGCCGGCAUCUGGAGCUGCGAGGAUGUUGUCCGUGCUUACUGUCACAGGGCUGCUCUUUGUCAUCAAUUUACAAACUGCCUUACAGAAGUGCUAUUCGAGGCCGCUGUCAAUGGUGCACGCGAGCUGGACCAGUAUCGUCGUGAGACAGGCGGUCUGAAAGGCCCACUACAUGGCUUGCCGGUCAGCUUCAUGGACCGUUUCCGUGUUGCUGGCACAGAGACAGCCGCCGGCUUUAUUUCCUGGCUCGGGCCUAAGGAGACGGACAUGACUGAAUCACUGAUUGUCCGGCAUAUGCGGGCGCUGGGCGCAAUUCCCUUUUGUAAGACGAAUAUGCCUCAGAGCAUGAUGCUAGCAGAAACAGUGAACAAUAUACACGGCCAUACCAGUAGCCCCUAUUCACCACUUUUGUCCAGUGGUGGUGCGGCAGGAGGUGAGGGAGCGUUGCUGGCCAUGAAAGGCUCCCCCCUCGGCUGGGCCACUGAAUUUGCAGGCUCAGCACGUAUUCCCGCUGCGUUUAACAAUCUGUUUAGCCUCAAGGUUUCUUCUGGUCGCCUUCCAACCCUUGGAGUCGCCUCCAGCGAGACGAGCCUGCCUUCUAGGAAUUCAACCAUCGCCAUGAUGGCCUGGGACUUCAACUUGCUGCAAUACGUCGCAAAGCUAUCACUUGGGUCUACCGCGUUUGAAGAAGACCCUACCUGGAUUGACAUGCCUUGGAGAGAAGCAAAAGUCAGAGAGGUAACGCAGAGGCGCCCAACUUUUGCGGUGCUAGUGUGCGAUGGCCACAUCCAGCCUCAGCCGCCGGUUCGGCGAGCUCUAGUAUCAACUGUUCAGUCCUUGAGGCGAGCCAACUAUCAGGUUAUUGAAUGGAAACCUCCAUCUCAUGCAGCACCAGUAGAGACAUACUUCAAGAUAAUCGGCGCUGAUGGCGCACAGGCAACCAGGCAACACAUCAAAGCAAGCGGGGAGCCUCCCGUUCCUCUUCUAAGGGAUUGGUAUUUCCACCAACCCACUGAACCAUUAACCCUGUCGGAGUAUCUCGCCCUUCUGAAAUCGCUAGAAUCGUAUCAGACAGAAUAUCAGAGGUAUUGGAAGUCCACUGGCCAAAGUACCUCGAGCAGGCUCCCAGUGGACGGAGUGAUCAUGCCCGUUUGUGCGGAUGCUGCUUGCUGCAAGAACAAAAUGACAUAUUACGGAUACAGUGCCAUAGUAAACGUACUCGACUUCACCGCCGUCUCGUUUCCGGCCGGAUUCAUUGACAGUCGUCUGGACCCAAAGCCCAGUGUCUUUGUCCCACUCAGCAGAGAAGAUGAAUCUGUGAAUGAUUCAUGCAUGUCUCCUUCGGUUCCAGAUGAUAACUUCGCAUUUCAUGGAGCUCCCGUGGGCCUUCAAUUGAUGGCUCGCAGGACUGAGGAAGAGAAAGCCCUGAAGCUUGUUGAGAUCAUACUUCAAACGCAAGCGCAGUCGCCGGGUUGA